UCAUGGCUGUGUACCAGGCGGCGGCCGGGAUCCUGGACAAGUUGGAUCAGAAGGAGGGGGCUGUGAAGAACCUGGUGUAUAACAGCGGGUACAAGAAUGUCCGUCAGCUGUACGCUCUGCUGUGUGAGACUCUGCGCUACUCUCCGGUGCUGGAAGACGUCAUCACAAGUUCACAGCUGCUGCGAGGAGCCAAAAAACUGCCCCUGAACCUGGCCAAAGUGCUGGUAUAUGAUUUGCUGUUUGGAAAAGGUCUGCACUGUGGAGGUCGCUGGAAGGCAACCAUUCUCGCUCAUCGCGCCCGAUUACAGGCUGAACUUGCAAAGUUAAAGGUCAAGAAGAAGAUCAGCAGCAAUCAAGACUUGUUGACUUCUAUGGGUGGCGCAGUUGAUGGACCCGCCUUGCCACGAUAUGUACGUGUGAACACACUGAAGACCUCCAUGAAUGAACUCAUCACUUAUUUUAAACGCAAGGGUUAUACCUACCAGGGAAAAGCAAGAAGUAUACAGGAAAUUGUUGACUUUGCACAGAAGCCUGGCAAGAGAUUUCUCCAAGAUCUCCACGUUCCUGAUCUACUGAUCUUUCCUCCGAACACAGAUUUCCACAAAGACCCUUUAUAUAUAGCUGGGCAUCUCAUACUGCAGGACAAGGCUAGUUGUCUUCCAGCAUUGCUCCUGUCUCCUACCGUUGGGGCCCAUGUUAUCGAUGCCUGUGCUGCCCCAGGAAAUAAGACAAGCCAACUGGCUGCUGUAUUACAAAACAAGGGAAAAGUUUUCGCCUUUGACUUGGACACUAAGCGUUUGGCCACAAUGAGCACACUUCUACUACGGGCUGGGGUCACAUGUCAAGAGCUGGCCAACCAGGACUUUCUCACUGUCAACUCGGGUGAUCCAAAAUAUCAGAAAGUCAGUCAUAUUUUAGUGGACCCGUCAUGCAGUGGUUCAGGCAUGCCAGAUCGUAUGAGGAUGCUAAGUGAGGAGGCAGGAUCAGAGAAGAGUGAGAGGCUUCAAGCUUUGUCAGCGUUCCAGAGCCGAGCGUUAUCCCAUGCCCUAAGCUUCCCUUCUGUACAAAAUGUAGUGUACUCUACUUGCUCUGUACACCAGCAAGAGAAUGAAGACGUUGUGAAGAACAUUCUAGAACAACACACAGAUUUUAGGCUAGCAGAGGCUCUCCCAUCAUGGCCGCUACGAGGAUUGGACACAUUUCCCGGAUCCGAUUGUUGCCUCCGUGCCUCUCUCACAGACACACUCACCAACGGAUUCUUUGUUGCACUGUUUCAGCGCAAGAAAGAAGCUAGCAUAAGUUCUGUAUUGUGUGAGGAGCGGAGUGUAACCGAUUUUAUGGCCGCUGACACUGCAGCAGAAGAGAGACCGAGAAGUGAGCCUAAGGAGAAAUCAAACAUGAUGCAGGUCUCUUUAAAAAGGAAAGCAAAUAAAAUAACAAAUGUUAAGACUAAGAAAUCACGUAAUAAGAAGAAGCGCAAGAUCAAUUCACCUUGA